AUGAAAUGGGGUGAGAGAUUAUUAAAUAAGAAUCCCCCAAAGACCCAGGAAGAAGAAGUCGAUUGUCUUGAAAUAUUACAAGGAACUGAUGUUGUUGAAGUUAUAGAUAUUGAUAUUUCUGAAAUUGGGGAUUUAUACUUAAGUUCUGAUUCCUUUAAAAGCAUGACCAACUUAAAAUAUCUUUAUAUCACCAAUAAUGUAGAUAUGGUAGAUGAGUCAGAUGAAGUCUACAUUGUGCACCUCCAUGAAGGUCUUGAGUGGUUGUCUGAUAAAUUGAGACAUCUUUAUCGGGAUUCAUUUCCACUUAAGUCUUUGCCAUCAACCUUUUGUGCUGAAUGGCUUGUACAACUAAGCAUGCACCAUAGCAAGCUUAAAAAGCUCUGGGAUGGAGUUCAGAGGCUUGACAAUUUAGUGGUUAUUAGUCUUGAUGUCUCCAAAGAUCUGAUUGAAAUUCCAAACUUAUAUACUUAUGGCAAAUGUUUUUAUUAUGAUAUCUAUGAACAUACCAAAAAAGUUGACAAUGUUGUACAAAACUUUGUAAUGGAGGGGGUAUUACUUUCAGAUCAUGUAUUCAUGACCUACUGA